AUGCACUCGAAGUCGUUGGUCUUUGUCUGCAUCACGCUGCUUCUGGCCGUGCUCGCGUCGGCGGACACUCACCUCCGCCAUGGCAACAAUGCCGUCGCUCACGACCCACAAGGCCGCCACGUCCAGCAAUCCUCAACGAAGCAUGUUGACGGUGGCGCUUAUGUCGCGAAACGCCAGUUUUUCCUUCGCAACGUGGGCACCAUGGGUACCUCAUUCCAGAAGAUCCCUACCUGGGUCCGAAACUUUGGCCAACCCUUCAACCACGGCGUUCAAAAGGCCCAGCGAUGGAUCGGAAGCGGCCAGCAAGUCAUGAAUUCGGUCAAUCGGGGCAAAGGACGGAUCCAAAAGGUUGGCGGGUUCGCUACGCGUGGAUUGCUAGACGGUCAGCCGAAAGACAUGGAAUAGGACUGCAAGGACAGUUGUUGAAUGCCAGUCAACGUUGGUGCGAAUCGCUUGGGCGACGAAGGGUCUGC